AUGAGUGUGAGCGUGGGGACAAGCACAAGCACAGCGUUAUCACCAUUCAACGCAUCAGUUACAAGGAUCUUGGAGCUGCAAGGAUUCCCAAGUGAAUUGAAGACUAAAGAUAUUCAAAGCUGCUUCAAUAAAUGGGAAGAUGUUCGGUUGAAGUGGGUUGAUGAUACCACAGCGCUGGUUAUUUUCACGGAUCCAGUCAGCGCUAAACGAGCUUAUCUGCACGUGGUUGCUCAUCCACCUGCGAUACUCGUCACAAACAGAGAAGACAAAGCCAAAUUGAGAAUAUCGCCUUAUAACAAGCAAGACAGCGAGCAGAUUAUUACUCAAGUCUACUCACGUCAUCAGCCACGUCGCCAGUCGCAGUCCCAUUCUCACUCCCGUACUCCCUCUCUCUCUCAUGGAAUUGGCUUGGCAGGUGGACCUGUUGCUCAGCCUCCUGCAGCUCACCCAUCAACCAACACCCAGCACAGAAGACCUUCGAACGCCCCUUAUAGCCUCGAAUCAAACCACCAGUUCGGGCUUCCUCCACUCCAACAGCAGCAGUCUCUCCAUACUCUGAUAAACUCCUCAUUCAGCUUGCCAAAGCCGGAAGAGUUUGGUGUGCCUGGUAUUUCUAAUGUCGACACCUUCAAACCACCUCCGAGCACCUCAAACGCUAUUCCUAUAACCAGUCCUGAAGAACCCCUAGACCCAACCAGCGAACCUUUUGUACCACAUCCACAGCCACAUUAA